AUGUCUGCCCGUCGAGCGCUGGCACCGCGCUCCAUCCACUUGCGCAUCGUGCCACGUCCCGCCAAUUUAUCCGAGAGCCGCGAGAUAUUCCGCGUCCUCCAACGCUUCGGCGAAAUCAGCACCUUCAAGUAUCUUCGGUACGAAUACCAGAACCCCGCCGACAAUGUCGCCCUCGCCAUCUACCGCGAUGAACCCGCCGCCCAGAGCGCUCUUGACGCCUCACCCCUCCGUUUCGCCCUCGAGAAGCUCAUAACCAGCGACACCGACACCGACGCACAAGUCCAGGCCGCCGAAGAAGACGAAGACGACACGCCCAUCCAGCAAAUCCCCAAGAAAGACGGCAUCGACGAGAUCCUCCGCCCCUCACAACUCCUAAACCGUACCUUACCCACCCCCACCGGCACCUCCCCCGCCCCAACACCGCCAUCCAAACCCCUCCCCUUCGACCCCCCACCGCACGCCUCCUCGCAGAAGAAAUCAACAAAAUGGUUCCAAGUAACCGUUGACCGCUCGCGUGCCGUGCACCCCGAUUUCAUCGAACGCCAACCCUACUGGAAGCAAUUCCACCCGAUGAAGAGCAUGGCGCAGGUGGAUUUGGAAAAGAGCGUGCCGCAUGUGGGGCUGAGCGAUGUGAGCAAGAGGCCGCCAAAUGCGUAUCGCACGCCGGCAAGAGUGCUCAGGGUGAUGAAUGAGUAUGUGGAGAAGAGGAUGCCGAGUCUCAGGGGGAUUGUGGAGGGCGGGGAGAAUGAGAGGGGGUUUGAGGAGAGGAGGGGGAGGGGGUGA